AUGGUUGAUGGCGGUUCAACUCCUGACGACAAACCAUGGAUAUCAGAGAAUAUUACCCAUCCCUUACCAGAAAACGAAUAUCUGUAUCAUGAUCUAUCGAUGUCAUAUGACAAUGAUAUUUCGGACUUCAAGCUUCAAUACACGUUGAUCUCCUUUUUUCCGUACGAUGUCGAUCCAACUGUAGUAAGAAAAUACCCUGAGGCACCGCUGAAGCCAUUUCUGCUCUCUCCUAAUUUUGAUCUCCCAUCCACUCAGGAGUGCGAAGUUGAUGCUCAGCCUGACUCUGGGAGACAUCAGAACGCAGACGUCCGAGACUGCCUGACGACGGGUCCCCUUCAAGCGGGGAUGUUAAACUUCACCCAAACAAACUAUCCAACACUGUCGCUGAUCCACCAGAACGCAACACCAUCACUGUCAGACGUAAGGCAUCACGCUCGGAGUUUCAGUGUUCUAAAUUUUGAGGUUGCCUCUCUGGAAGGAAACCAAAUUCAGAGUGGACCAGUCGAACAAGAGGGUUUCAACGAGCUCCCAUCUACGACCGAACCCAGAUAUAGCACCGUUGUCGGCGAAAAGAGAAGAGUUGAAGAAAAUGAAGCGGCGGCGGAUGAUCCAAUGGUUUAA